AAAGAUAGGCUUAUUUACCUAGCUGAGCUCAUUUGCUUUAGGGUUAGACUUUAACAGACAUGGUUGUCAAGGACAUCUAUACACACUAUAAAGGCUGGCAAGCCACGAAUAACUGCAGUUGCUGUCAGUUUCUGAGAACUACAGAGGCCUACUGCAUUCCAGAGAAAUCCCAAAGAAAAGCUAUGAAGAAUGCAAUUGUGUUCCUUUUACUUACAUGGUGCACCAUAACAUCUCAAGAUAAAGGAGAUCUCAGAGGACAAGUGUUUUCUUUUCCAGAGGCAUACGCCAGCUCUUAUGCGAGACUCACGCCGUUAGUCUCAAAGCCCCUCUCCUCAGCUACUAUCUGCUUACGCUUCUUCACGGAUCGACUCAACAGCAUUUCUCUUUUUUCGCUAAACAUAACCGGACAACCAGCUGCUCUCACAAUAUCUGGAAUGUUUGGUGUAGGUUUACAAGGCUAUCAGUUAGUCAUUGAGGAUAAGGCUCUCUUUUUCUAUGACUUACCUGGCCACUCGAAUAAGUGGAACUCACUAUGUGCAACCUGGAAUGGGAGCACUGGAAUGUCUCAGAUGGUUGUCAAUAAGAUGCCUAGUGUCAGGAAAGUUGCACAUACUAGAGGUGCCUUGGGUGCAAAUAUCAGUGUAAUACUUGGACCAGGCAGGAGGGCGUCAUUCACUGGACAUAUCACUGAUGUACACAUUUACGACUAUGUAGUCUCACCAUCCCACAUCCAGAAUUAUAUGCAGGACAAUUUUGUGAGCUACACCCUUGGUAAUUACCUGAAUUGGAGAUCGGUGGAUUACUCCAUGAAUGGAUAUGUGCUGGUUGAGAAUAUUAACACAUUAAACUCAUGGAGAUAGA